CGCAGACGCAAAGAAGAAAACAACUUUGAGCGUACCUUGACUUGGAAGGUCGAGCCUUAACGACCAUACAAACUCUUUUCCGUCAAAACGGAUAUUCCGCUUAUUAGCCUUGUCGUCCUUUAUGAAUAUCCCCUCGCCAGGACCAAACAAAUUUGAUUGUCUUCACAUCUUUGAGGUCAGCAGAGACAGCCAUUGGUCUAGAAGAAGUGGGCAGUAGUCUAUGACUUGCAUCAGGAGGGUAGCAGGUCAUGUCCAACAGUUUUCAGCAGCUGCAGCCUGCAUCCCAGCCUCCACGCAGCGCAGCGAAUCCAGGCUUGUCACGUGGAGGAUUUGGCAUGAACUCACUCUCCGGCCAUGUCACGCCCACUUCGGGCAUGUUCCCUUCUUCCUUUACUCCACAACAGUUGUCUCCUAAUCGGUCCCUUAAUAUGGGAAGCCGAAUGUUUGGUGGCCAACGAAACUUCACAGAUCGGCGAAUGCCUGGUCUAAGUAAUUCAAAUUCAAUGGGAAGUAUGGGUAGUUUUGGUAUUCCUCCAAACCGAACAUACGGCUCACAAGGGACAAUUAACAACUUUCACUCAGUAUUUGGUGGUAGUGGUGGUGGUGGAGACACUAGCACUCCACCACUACUAGACUUAUCCGAGUUCCCAUCACUGAAUCGGGGGCAAGGUGACACCAUGCCUCAGCCCAAUCCACCAAUGCCUGGCAAGCAGCCUUAUGCAUCCCUCACACACCUGCAUCAACGAAAUUUAGAAAAAGUCCAAGUUGGAAUGGUGAAGCAACCUACCAAUGAAGCAAGUGAAUUCACCAUGAGUUCAGAAGAUUUUCCUGCGUUACCUGGUACCCAAAACCAGGAAGGACCAUCACCUGGUGGAAGUGUGUCAGGAGAGAAAGGAUUACCGGGAGUCAUAGGCAGUGAAAUAACUGGUCUAGAUUCAUCAACAGGGCGAGGAACAGCAGUAGAGAAGGCAACGAAAAGAGGAAUACAAACGUCACCAGAUGGUAAAGUGACAAAUGUUCCAGCCAGUAUGGUCAAAGACCAAUUUGGAAUGGUUGGUCUCUUAACAUUUAUUCGAGCUGCUGAGACAGAUCCCAAUUUGGUAUCACUAGCAUUAGGGCAGGAUCUGACUGCAUUAGGACUUAACCUCAAUUCACCUGAUAAUCUUUAUCCAACAUUUGGUGGACCAUGGGCUGAUACACCAUGCAGACCACAGGAUAUUGAUUUCCAUGUACCCCCAGAAUAUCUUGUCAAUGCAAGCAUCAGAGAGAAGUUACCUCCAAUAAGACUGAACCGGUACAAAGAUGAUCUGCUAUUCUACUUGUUCUACACAAAUCCAGGGGAUGUCUUACAAAUUGCAGCAGCUACAGAAUUGUACAACCGUGAGUGGCGGUAUCAUAUGGAGGAGAAAGUGUGGAUUACUCAAGCUCCUGGUAUGCAAGUUCAAGAAAAAACUUCAACUUACGAACGCGGCACAUAUUACUACUUUGACCCUCAGAACUGGAGAAGAGUUGCGAAAGAGUUCCAUUUGGAUUAUAGUAAGCUGGAAGGGCGACCUCAUUUGCCACCUUCACUUGUCCCUAUGCCGCCUACUGGAAGCAUCUAGUCGAGACAUUCUAAUGCCAAGAAACGCAUGCACAUUUUCCUGCUAAAGAAGAAGGGAUAUACCCAGGGAUUUCCUCUUUUAGUUUCAUUUAGAACUAAGUGAGAAGUCAAUGUUCAAUUUGCAAGAACUUUGUGCGGCAAUUACAUUUGAACAUAAUCAGUGCAUUUUCCUUGUGUACAUAUUACUUUUGACUGUUGAAAGAAACAAAUUUUUCUUCUUUUUCCAGACUUGUCACUUCGAAUUUUAUUUUUAUACAUAGCAUUCAGUACUUUUAAAGAAAUUAUUGUAUUUGAUGCAAGGUGGCUUUGGAAUAAAGAGGUGUCAUCAUU